AGAUAAAACAACGCUGCAGUUUAGAAAAUUUGCAUGGGGGUUCCCUUUAUUUUUAUCAAUAGAAAAAAUCUAAAAAUGUAAACUUCAAUAUGCAACUUGAGAAACUUCUAUAACUUAUCGUUAUUAUAGUUUAUUAUACUGUUAAAAUAAUUUGAAUAUUAACAUUAAGCAUUAAAUGAAAUACUGAAUUAAUUUAUUGUAAUAAAAGUGAAAGCAGUUUUUAUACAUUGACAAAGAAAAACUAAUAAAUUGUGAACUGUUUAGCAUUUUAAUAUUUUGAAAUCUUUGAGAAGUAUGUCAUUUCUAAGGGGAUCACUCAAUUAUGUUUGGUGUACAACAAGUGUGCUUGGAAAGGGAGCAACUGGAUCUGUUUUCCAGGGUGUUAACAAGAACACUGGAGAAUCGGUAGCCGUUAAAACAUUCAAUCCCUACAGCCACAUGCGACCACAGGAAGUUCAAAUGCGUGAAUUUGAAGUUCUGAAAAAGGUCAAUCAUGAAAAUAUUGUGAAAUUGUUGGCAAUUGAAGAUGACCAAGAGGGACGAGGCAAAGUCAUCGUCAUGGAACUCUGCACGGGUGGAAGCUUAUUUAAUAUCUUAGAUGAUCCUGAGAAUGCUUAUGGUCUGCCAGAGAAGGAGUUCCUUCUUGUUUUGGAGCAUCUGUGUGCUGGAAUGAAGCACUUGCGUGAUAAUAAUUUGGUUCAUCGUGACUUGAAGCCAGGAAAUAUCAUGAAAUUCAUGUCUGAAGAUGGCCAGACCAUAUACAAGCUGACGGAUUUUGGUGCUGCCAGAGAAUUGGAGGAGAAUCAACCCUUUGCCUCGUUGUAUGGCACAGAAGAGUACCUGCAUCCCGAUUUGUAUGAGCGAGCAGUUCUUCGUAGGUCUGUGAACCGAUCGUUCACCGCAAAUGUUGACCUUUGGUCGAUUGGAGUUACACUCUAUCACGUAGCAACUGGAAAUUUACCAUUCCGUCCUUUCGGUGGUAGAAAAAACCGUGAAACCAUGCACCAAAUUACCACCAGAAAGGCAUCAGGGGUUAUUUCGGGAACUCAAUUAUCUGAAAACGGUCAAAUUGAGUGGUCUACAACUUUACCUCAACACUGCCACUUAACUGCCGGCUUAAAAACCCUUGUCACUCCUCUGCUUGCUGGUCUGCUCGAGGAAGAUCGCACGAAAACUUGGUCAUUCGAUACAUUCUUCCAACAGGUCACAUUGGUUUUGAGGAAGAAAGUUUUCCAUGUCUUCUUCAUCAAUCGCACAGACAGCAUUGAAGUUUUCCUCGAACCCGAGGAUCAAAUUGAAGAAUUCAAAGAUCACAUAUUCAUUCAGACUGAAGUACCAUGUGAAAAGCAAAUUCUUUUAUAUUGCAAUGAGCAUUUGGAAUCAAGACUUGGAAAUUUAUGUGCCAGUGCAUUUCCACCGACUGAACGAGAAAAUCCAAUUUUCUUAUAUAGCAAUGAAGAUAAUAAUGUUCAACUACCAACACAAUUGGAACUUCCAAAAUUUCCAGUAUUUCCAAGUAAUGUUUCGGUAGAAAACGAUGCCAGUUUGGCAAAGGCUGCAUGUAGUGUUGGUCAUGAAUGCAAACGCCGAAUAGAGACUCUCACAUCAAUAGACAUACUUAUUAAAAAGGCUGUGCAACAGUUUAUUGAAACACUUACAACAACGUUGAAACUUUUACAAAAAAAAACCAAAAGUUCUGAAGAAUUAUUAACAACUGUGAUCGAGUACGCGGAAGUUGUCUCUUAUGCAAAUAAAGCUGCAAAACCUGAAGAUGAUCCAAAAAUUUUGGAAGAAAUCAAAGGCAACUUUGAUCGAGCAGCCGAUGUUAUUGCACAGCUACAUAAACACUUUGUCGAAGAUGAUACCCUAAGUGAGGAAUGGCGUUCAGCUAUGCAUGGAAAAAUAUGUGCAUGUAAAGCGCGUUCUAGUGCAAAAGCCAAAUAUCUAAUUGAUCGUUUGAGGGAUUCAUGGCAACAUUUACUUCGAGAUAGAGCAACUAGAACUCUCACUUAUAACGAUGAACAGUUUCAUGCUCUCGAAAAAAUAAAAGUUGACAGAAAUGGCAAACGAAUUAAGUCGCUCCUAUUGGAUGAUGUCAAACCAUCUGUAGCUCAUAUGGCCGAAUGUCUUGCCGAUUGGUAUAAACUAGCCCAGACCGUCUAUCUAAAGUCACAAAUUCUCGAAAAAGACGUUCGAGAUUGUGACCGGCAACUACAAUCGGUACGCGGUAAUCUCAAUGAUAUUCGAUGUAAUUUGAAAAUCCAACAAAAAGAAGACAAGGAUAAUGAUGAAAUAAACAAGCUCUCCAAAAACGAACAGAAAAAUUUCAUGAAAUUUAUUCAAGAGCAACAGAAAGAGGUGGUAGUUAUAUUGCGACAAAAUCGAAAACUUAUAACCAUGCUUCAGGAUAUCGGUUUGAGCCCGAAUGAAAUAAGUUCCUCAAUUCAAGUCAAGCAACAAUGAAUCUGAUGGGAGUUUUUUCUUUACUCCUUAUGAUAGAGAAGAAACAACAAAAAAACAAUCGAGGGGAGAAUGGUGGUGAAUGUGUGUUGUUUUGUUUUUCUUUUUUGUUCAAAGUGAAAAAAAAGACUUGUGUGGCAAGUAUUAAUUAUAGUUUUAUUAUUUUUAUGUUAUUUUAUUGAUUGUGUCGAGCUUUAUUUGGUAUGUAGCAUAUGUAGCACAAGGCUCCACAGAUUUUAUGAUCUUCUAUUUUUUUAUGUAAUAAAUAAAAUUAUUAUGUAUUUGA